GUUGGUUCACCUGGCUAUUAUCCACUGCGUCCCUGCUGUGGCCCUCUGCUGCAUUGCUCAGCUGCCCAGGGAGGUGCUGGAGAUCCAAAAUGAUCUUUUCCAGACCCCGCUCCACCUCGCCGUGUACCUGGAGCAGCCCAGUGUGAUCCAGGCGCUGAUCCACAAGGGAGUCAACCCCGGGCUGCAGGACCGCAAUGGGAACACCCCGCUGCACCUCGCCUGCGAGCAGCAGCGCCUGCGCUGUGCCCAGCAGCUGCUGGGGGGCACGGCCCCCACGGGGGGCACGGACCAGCCCCAUGGGAACCACCAGGACCUGCAGCUCCAGAACUGGCAAGGCUUGGCCUGUCUGCACAUCAGCACCUUGAAGGGGAACAUCCCAAUGAUGUCUCUGCUGCUGGAGAGUGGCGCCAACAUUGACGUGCGGGAGGGCACGAGCGGGAAGACCCCAUUGCACCUGGCCGUGGAGUGCCACAACCGCAGGGCUGUCCAGUUCCUGUUGCGCAACGGGGCGUUCGUGGAUGCCCAGAUGUACAACGGGUGCACCCCGCUCCACCUGGCCGUGGGCCGCAAGGAUGCUGCCAUCGCCGCCAUCCUCUCGCACUCCGGGGCCGACACCCUGCUGAGGAACAUGGAGAAUGAGACAGCCCAGGACCUGGCUGAUGGCAACGAUGACCUCCUCGCCUUGCUGCCCUUCGAUGACCUGAAGAUCUCGGGGAAGCCUGUUGUGUGCUCUGAAUGAGCGGCUGGACUCCUUUAGCCCGGCAGGCUGCCUCCUCGUUCUGCGCUGUUGCCCUGCUGCCCGCUGGGACCUUGCCUGCCUCCAGUUCAGUGGGAGCAGAGCCACUUUGGGAGAUGUUAUCCUCCCUUUCCCCCACUGAAAAAGUUUCGUUGGCCUCAGGCUGCCUUCUCGGAGGGAGGAAGGUGGCACUAUGAACACUACACAGGAGAGGCCUUUCUUUUUUAGUGUUUGUGCCCUGCAGCAGGACUGAAUUUCCCCUCCCUGCCAUGGGCCUGACUCGUGGGGCUCUCCAGCUCACCCAGGGAAGGAGCAGGAGAGGACUCCUUUUCACACUGUGCGGUGGAUGGAGCAUCCUCUGGCACCCCCCGAACGCCCUCAGAGUAAGUGUGGGGUGAGGAGAGUUAACAUGCACUCUAAUAAACAUUUGUUCUUGCUG